ACUUCUGCAAGUGGUGGAAGACAUGGUUGUGAUGAGUGAAGUCUCACGAAGAUUUGGUGAUGAGCUCGUGGAUGGAGUAGAUGGAUGUAUACUGGUAUUGUGAUGAAGAUGGAUGAAGAUAAUCAAACAAGUCUAAGGGAUCUCGACAUCAACAAAGGCGGAAAACUUCUCCUUUAAUCUCGACUGAAUUGUAGCCUUGUGGCCUCAUCGGGAGAUUCCCCCAAGUCCAGGAUGGCUCAGAUGGUGGCCAUCCCUGAAUCUGCCAUGGCCGGACGGACGCACACAUGGCAAGGACUAGUCGACAUUGGGUCCCCAGUCUUUGCGGGAGAUGCCCGGCGGCGACCCCCAUCAACAGUUUGCGAAUUACAACAAAAAAGCAAGGCGGGAAAAAACAGGAGCACGGGUUAUGGUCAUCUCCUCCACAUUCCCGCAAAAAACAUCAAGCCAUCUCGCCGUCAGAUUUGGGCUGGAUGGCAAGAUGCGAUAGCUGAUAACCUGACGACUCGGCACCGCCACGGCCGCAACUUGAGACAAUGGGAAACGACCACCUACAACCGUACACAGGCACAUCGGGUAACAAGGAACCGGAACUUGAAUACACAGUCUCUAGACCGCCAAAGAUCUAUCUUUGUCUCCCUCGCUCACCGGCGACCAGCGGAAGGAAAAAAGCGUGGGGGGCGAGCGGUUCAUUCGACUCAAGCAUCGGAAAACAUGCACGUCAGGCAACAUGCGACCCGGUUCAAGCAGGCGGUGGAAGCAGUCGAGCAUGGUGCCAUGUUGAGACUCGAGCCGCAAGAGGAUCAAUGCAGAUGGAACCAGGGAACGGCUUCACCGGCCCGCCUGGGCGCACUCCGGUUGCUUUGGUUUCCCUGGCUUCCCAGGUGCCGGAUAAUUACCUUAUUCGUGGUAAAGCUGAGUGGUUGGCGAGAAGUAUUACGAAAGAUUGGGCGCGUUCCGACAUUUCCCGACCUUGGAAUGAGGCGAGCGUCUGGCCCCUUGCUCGUCGGUGUCCGUUGGGUUGGCGGGCAAGCGAGAGAGCUGUCGUAGAUCGAACGGAAAUACGGGCGAGAUGACGUCUAGGUGCUUUGUGUUGUAGCUCGAUGAGGCCCUGAUGCCUGAAAU